GGUGACUUGUGACGUCAUUGUUCAAAUGUUCAAAGCCGACGGGUUGUAUCCCCAGCUACACUAGACCGGUAGACCCGAAUAUUUUAUGAAUUGCCAAGGUAUAUGUGUAGUCUGUGGUUGUAUCCCCAGCUACACUAGACCCGAAUAUUUUAUGAAUUGACAAGAAACAUAUGACAUUGCAUAUACAGGAAGGAGGAGCAAUGACUCAAAGAUAGACCGCACCAAGCAGGCGCAAUGACAAAAACGGAAUAAGGAGCCAGUUUACCAACAUACCAACAUUACCACGUUAGCUGGUGACAAUUUCACCUUAUUCAUAAGAUAUUUCUGGCAGAAAGAAUCUUAGGAAAGCAAGGGUUCAUACAGGGACCACAGUCCCUAAAGAGCAGAAUAUGAAUCAUAUGGAUGGAAUAAGCUAUUUAAUGAAUGGCACUAAAGUCAAGAUUUCUGUAUCACCAAGGGAGAUGUGGAAGAAGCAUUUGGAAGACAGUUCAGUCACAGAAAAUUUCAUCCCAAAUACAACUAGAGUUGAGGAAACAGCACGCUUUUCAGAGAAAUUUCUUGAGAUGUCAAAUUCUGGUCAGUAUCUUUUGGCACAUAUGAGGGAGACUUCAAGAAUUUCCCCUGGAUCAGAUGGUUCAUCCUCUUUAUCAGAUAAUAGUCAUCAGCUCAAAAGCAGUUGUAAGAGAGGUCAACUUUCAAAUUCAAAUAAUGAGGAACAAACAAAUUCAAAGAAUGCAAUUGAUUACAAUGUUGAUACGGACGUACACUUAAGGAAGAAAAAGAAACCACGAACAAGUGGCACAAAACCACAAAUAUAUGAUGACGCACUUGACAUAAGCGAACACCAUACUCGGACGAGAAGAGAAGGAGAGAUGAGUAAUAGCAUGGAAUCAUCAGAUACUAGUUUUUCCAAAUAUAAAACACCAGAACAUAAACUCAAGAAGAAGAAAUAUGCAGUAAUAAAGCAGGAUUUAUUUGAUAUAACAUCACCUACUGUUUUACAUCAGACGAAGCAACUAAUGAAAGAUACUUGGAAGACGACUGGUAAUCUUAAUGUAGAUCCAGAAAUCACCAAGAGUUGUGACCAACCAAAAAUAUUUGAAUCAAGAUCAAGUGCAGACUCUAUUUUGAACGUGAGACCAAAAAAUGCAUUGAGGAAGAAGGUGCAAAGGCCUCAUGGGAAAAAUCCGUAUGAAUCUUUGAUGGGUACCAGCAAUAACGUUGAUCCUAUAGCUGAAUUAGAAAAUAAAACUGGAAAUGUUUCUUCAGGAUCAGCUAGUAGCAUUGCACCAGUACCUAAAAAUUUCAGAUACAAUUUUAAGCAGAUACAUCUGAAGAGUGGUAUGUUUGACUCAGUAGUUGAGAAUGCUGUUGCUGAGGAUUCUGUUCGGAACAUGCAGGCGAAUGUAGAUGACCCAUGUACCAGUGAGCAACAGAAUAAAGAUAUUUCUGCUGAAAUGGAUGUUCGAAAAGCUCCUGCAUUUGCCAAAAUUGUUGGCAAAAGAAACAAAAAACAUUUUCAGCCCAAUUACUCUGAAUUAGUUGUUGGAAAUAAUGAUGGCAGUGCUGAGCAAAAUAUUUUACAUCAGACGAAGCAACUUAUGAAAGAUACUUGGAAGAAGACUAGUAAUCUUAAUGUAGAUCCAGAAAUCACCAAGAGUUGUGACCAACCAAAAAUAUUUGAAUCAAGAUCAAGUGCAGACUCUAUUUUGAACGUGAGACCAAAAAAUGCAUUGAGGAAGAAGGUGCCAAGGCCUCAUGGGAAAAAUCCGUAUGAAUCUUUGAUGGGUACCAGCAAUAACGUUGAUCCUAUAGCUGAAUUAGAAAAUAAAACUGGAAAUGUUUCUUCAGGAUCAACUAGUAGCAUUGCUCCAGUACCUAAAAAUUUCAGAUACAAUUUUAAGCAGAUACAUCUGAAGAGUGGUAUGUUUGACUCAGUAGUUGAGAAUGCUGUUGCUGAGGAUUCUGUUCGGAACAUGCAGGCGAAUGUAGAUGACCCAUGUACCAGUGAGCAACAGAAUAAAGAUAUUUCUGCUGAAAUGGAUGUUCGAAAAGCUCCUGCAUCUGCUAAAAUCAUUGGCAAAAGAAACAAAAAACAUCUUCAGGCUAAUUACUCUGAAUUGGUUGUUGGAAAUAAUGAUGAAAGUGCUGAGAAAAAUAUUGAUAAGCAGAACAAUUAUAUUGCCUUGGCUGAGAAUUAUGAAAAAAAUACAUUUGCAGGUAGUAUUUCUGCAGAAAUGGAUGUUAUGAAAGCUCCUGCAUCUGCUAAAAUUGUUGGUAAAAGAAACAAAAAACAUCUUCAGCCCAAUUACUCUGAAUUAGCUGUCGGAAAUAAUGACAAAAGUGCUGAGCCCACUGUUGAGAAACAGCACAGUGAUAUUGCCUUGGAUGAGAAUUAUGCCCAAAAUGGAUUGGCAGCUAAUACAAAGGAAAGUGUAGAAGUUUCUGACACAAAUUUAUUUAUAAUGAAGGUACUUGGAAAGAAAAUUGAUCCAGUGUCACCACACACAUUCGAGCUUUCAGGAAUGCAGGGGGAUUCACAUAAAAAUUAUAACUUAGAAGGUAGUAGACAAACAAAUGAUGGGGACUAUAACCACUCAGUUGAUACAUUAGUUAAAAGAAAAGCCUUCCAUGGCCUCAAACGCACCUCUGAAUAUGAUUUUCACACGUUACCUGAAUUUGGCAGACCAGUGGAAUCACCUAGUUAUUCUCUUACAAUCUCUAAAUUCAAACCAAAAAUUACAUCUUCUAAGAUCGUUGUGGAUAAAGAUGAGAUUAUAGAACAGUGUCCACCUACUCUGGCUGCACUUCAGCAAGAGGCAACAUCUAACAUGUUAAAAGUAACUCAUAAAGAGAAACAAACGUAUCAGUCAGAUAACCCCAUUGCUCACCAGCCAAGAGUUUCAGAUCAUGAGAGUGAGGAAACUAACUGUAAGGAAAGAAAGAAAUGUUAUAAUAGUGUUUGUGACAACACUCUGUCAUCAGAUUUAACAUUUGAUCCAGACAAUGUACCACAUUCAACAAUGGUGAAAUCAAGCAGUAAGAAGGAACAUCCACCUUCUGCCAUGCGCAAAAUAGAGACUAAAACGAGAAGGAGCCUGGCAGCUUCAUUUCUGGAGUUAGCGCAUGUUUCCACAGAAAGUAGUGAAACAGUUAGUUCACGGACAGAGAAGGCAGGUAUCAGAAAUAAUAAUUUCACAUUAAAUGGCAGGGAAAGUGGAAAUGGACCAACUAUUGAAAAUAAAAUAAAUGACAAUGGAAUGAAACACAGUGAAUUAGAAACAAAUGAGCAUCACUCAAAUAUUGUAAGAAAAGAUGCCAGUUUUGCUAACAAAAUUCCUGUGCCAGAAAACUUACAUGCUGUGUCAGACCACAAACCCAUUACAGAAAGCAUUCCCUCAGAUGUUUUGAAUUUCCUAACAUCAAACUACAGGACAUCAGAACAGUCUGCUGGUGAUAAUGAUGUUAGUCAAGUGUUUGGACAUAUGAGAAACAAAAAUAAAAGCUUGGCAAAAAGUAGAUCCAUAAAUUCUCAAGAUGAAUUAAUCAAUGCAGACAGUAAAAAUGAAAAGAAAAAGCAAGGUAACAAUAAAAGUGUUCCUGGUGAACUUGCAAACUCUCCUGAUCAUAUUGUAUUCCAAAAAAUAAUUAAGCCUCAAAAUAUGGGGUGUGAUACCAAACAGAGUGUAUCUUUGCCUGGUAUGGGAAGCAUUUCUUCAUACUCUACUAGUAAAGCACAAGAAAAGUGUGACAAUCAUGCUGAAAUUGACCAGAUAUCUCCAUUUAACACAUUUGCUCAGAAAAUUUGUAAUUCAGAAGUUGACGAGCUUAAUCUGAGAAAGAGUGACAAAGUAAGUUUGAGAGCUGAGAGGAGAAAGUCUUCAAAUUAUUAUGUGGCAGUUUCAUCUAGUAAAUUGAUUGAGACAGAUGUCUCAACUAGCAAAAAAGGCAGUAACAUGAGGAGUAUCACCAAAAUGACAGGUGCUUCCAUAGAAAAUAAAACUGAUUAUCCUGUUGCACCUAAUUUUAGUGAGGAACACUGUACAUCGAAAGGAACACCAGAAUUAAGAGAAUUAUCUUCUCCUUCUCUGUCAGCAUCUCAUAUAAAUAGAACAUCUCACAAGGAAAACUUCUCCUUGAGCAUUAAAAACAGCAGUGAAGUAAGAAAAAAUGUGAACAAAAAUUCAACAGCUAACAAUGUGUCAAAUGCUAAAAUUGUUACCUCAGAUUCACCUCGUUUCUCUAAAGCAGAUAAUGGUAAAGGGCAUGAUGAGUACUUGAAAGACAGUUUCCAGAGAAACAGACAAACCGAAAAAGAGAAACAAAGUUUUACUGACACUCAACAAGACAGUAUAAAUAGAAACAGCCAAACGAGAAGUGAGAGACAAAGUUAUGCGGACAACCAUCCACAACCAAUGGUAGAUGAUGAUGCAGGUGGUACAGAGGAGGAGAGACCAGUGAUUAACACAGCACCUCUGGAGAAAAGUAAAUGUAUUAUUCACCAGAAAAAAUCGGAUCUCAAGCAAACUCUUGGUAAACCAACAGUACAUGCUCGUUUCUUGAUUGACGGUGAAGUGUAUCACAAACCUAAACUGACACGUCCAAAGCCUUGGAUUAAUCAGAGAUUUUAUAAUCAUAUUUUACCAAAAUUUGACAGAAAAUUUGGUCUCAAUGGUACUGUAAAGUGUGAAGAGUUUGUAAAAGUACUCUGUACCGAAGUUACGGCUUGCAUUCGUGAAAGAAAAAAUUGUGAUGUACGUGUAUACAGUGUACAAAAGUUACUCAGAAAAUACUUAUCAGUAAACACUUAUGCAGACUUCCUUAUAUUUGGGGAAAAAUAUUUACCGGAUGAGUUUAAUUUCAAGGUGGGUCUGACAUAUGAAAAGCAUAAUAGAAAUAAAUGAGAAUAAUUAAAUUUGUUGAUAUAUUAUAGACUAAUUACUGUAAGUCUGAGGAUUUUUGAGUACCAGAUCAAAAUGAGUGGCCAGUGGUUGUGUGGUCAAAUCUCAUAAGUGUUAUCUCAAAGGAAUUAAUCAAUUAAGAGGAAAAUUGUGUCCUGGUAUCAUUCUUGGGUCUAAUUUGUUAAUAACGAUUCUAAACUGUAUAUUAUUUAGCAUAUUUUAUGUUAUUUAAUCAUAACAGUAAGUAUAUAAUACCUCAUUGGGUCUAUAUGUACGUAAAUAGUCAUAAAAAUAUUUAUUUACAUUGUACAUUUAUAACAAUUGUUAAUACGUUUAACACUGUAUGUGCCCAUUCACUUGAAUUAAAAAUUACUGUAGUUCUGUAGUUAUUUAUAUUAUAUACAAAUAUUGUUUCAGAUGCAUUGUAUAGUGCAAGAUUUUGUGAUGUAUUAUAUUAUGAAUACUAAUACUGAGCUGUAACAUUGUACAUGACGAGGGAGUGGUCGAGACGUGUCAUAAGCAAUCCUGUGUUGAAAUUUAUGUUAGUAAAUUUUCCAGAAAAAUCCAUGUGCAAUAUUUCAGCUGUUGGCUUGCACUGGAAGCUGCUAAAAAAAUUAUGAAAAAUGACUUUUCACACGUGGGUUCUGCACCUGGAACUAUCUAAGCAUACAUCCCUGAAAUCCAUGGAACUCACAGAAAGUGGUCUCUGGGAUUUGGAAAGAGGUUAGAUAUGCAUUGCACAUAAUUAAAUUGUGAUACAGUGAAAUUACUUUACUAUUUCAGUGCCAAUUUUAACUAAAAACUUAACAUUAUGAACUAAAACAUUAAAUUUGAGUUUCUCUGCAGGUAUUCUUCAGUGGAGUAGAAAUAGUUGCCUAACAGAAAGUUCUUUCACUCUUCAGCUCCACCAGCUGAUUAGAUGACAUUCAGUGUGCUCUGGUUGUUGAUAGUGUAUGUACCCAAGUACCUGUAAAUUAAGUCUGUGAUCUAUGUGUAGUUCUAAAAUAUAACAAUACAUUCUGCUUCUUGGAUUUCAUUGUUUGAGAACCCUAUUUUCAUAGCUUGUGGAGUUCUACAAGCACUGAAGUGUAUGUACUGGGUCUGCCAUUUAGCUGUGAACCAUUUACUGCUGUUUUUUGAAUAUGGGGACUAGACUACUUUUCAUUCCUAUACUUGUAUCAUUUGUAAAAAGGACAAAAUCUGCACCUUAUGAAACAACAAGUGGAAGAUCGUUUAUAUAUGUCAGAAACAAGAGAAGACUGCAAAUUGAACCUUGUGGUAAACUGUUCCCUUAAAAUUCUGAGUGCCUGUUGUCAUCUGAUUGACAUGGAACUGCAGCUCAUUGCUUUCUGUCAUUCAGAUAGGAAAAAAACCCUCAAACCUGCCAUCUCUGACUUUUCAUAAUAUUUUAACUUUUGUGUUAGGAUAUUGUGGUUCACACAGUCAAAAGCUGUGACUAGGAGGUCGCACCUGGCUAUCUAAGGUAUCUCCAGACACAUCUUGGGCCUGGAAUCUCAUUGACUGGAA